UGUCCAGUCGUCCAGGUACUAUGGAACAGGCCAUAAGAACACGUACAGCAUACACUGCGAGACCGAUCACCAGUUCUUCUGGUAGAUUUGUGCGACUUGGGACUGCAUCUAUGUUGUCUCAGCCGGACGGACCUUUCAUCAACUUUGCCCGGCUGAAUCUUUCAAAAUAUGCUUCUAAGCCAAACAUUUCCAAGCAUCUGUUUGAAUAUGCAUACUACCAUGAUAAUGAUAUCAGACAGGCCCUAGAUAUCGCUGCCCAAGCGACACAGUCUUGUCAUUUCGAGGACUGGUGGUGGAAAUUUCAACUGGGAAAAUGUUAUUACAGGUUUGGCAUGUAUCGUGACGCUGAGAAACAAUUUAAAUCAGCCAUAAAACAGCAAGACAUGAUUGACUCUUAUCUAUGGAUGGGGAAGGUAUACAUUGGUUUGGACCAACCAUUGGCAGCUUUGGACAUGUACAAGCAAGGUUUAGAAAAAUUCCCCGGGGAAAUUUUUUUGAUGACACAUAUUGCACGCAUUUAUGAAGGCUUAAAUGACCUGGAUGUGGCGGUAAAAUAUUAUCGUGAGGUCCUUUCUCACGAGGCCAUAGAUGUGGAGGCCAUUGCCUGCAUUGCUGCUCAUCACUUCUACUCUGAUCAGCCUGAAGUUGCUCUUAGAUACUACAGGAGAUUGCUGCAGAUGGGUGUUUGCAACAGCGAGCUGUACAAUAAUUUGGGCCUGUGCUGUUUCUACUCUCAGCAGCAUGAUAUGGCUGUGAUGUGCUUUGAAAGAGCUCUCUCAUUGGCGACCGACGAAACCCUGCCCGAUGUAUGGUAUAAUAUUGCGCACUUGGCUCUGGGCAUCGGAGACAAAAGCUUUGCAAUUCAGUGUUUGAGGCUCGCUUUAGUGGCUAAUAAUGACCAUGCAGAGUCUUACAACAACUUAGGAGUCAUUGAAGGCACAAAAGGAAAUAUUGACCAGGCAAAGGCUUUCUUUGUAGCUGCUUCUAAUUUGGCACAACAUUUAUUUGAGCCGCAUUUUAACCAGGCACUUUUAGCGGAAAAGAGACCCUGGGGCAGUAGCCCUACCUGCCCUCCCCUAAAUCCGGCCCUGGUCUUGUGUUCCCUGGUUUGAUGCUGUAUAGUAAAGAGAAGGAAGGAUGCCAUCACACAUCUCAAGAAACUCUGUAGGAAGGACACUUAUUGUGGUUGUGAGUACACCAGAUUAUUCUUGUGCGAUUUAGAGUAUUUCAAACAUGCAAGUCUUUUAAAUUAUAUCAACAACAUUUUGAUGCACAAAAUUAGCAGAUUACUGCAUACACGUGUUGCCAGGUUUCAAGGAACCUCUCUUUUAGUGCAAAUAGUGAGCUUUUGAUGAAAAGACAUCUGAUAAAAACAACAAGAAUGAAUGGCAGAUAGUUUGUGAUGUCUACUGUCUAAUGUUCAUUCUUGUUAUUUAAACUGUCUACUGUUCAUGCAAUAUACCAGCUUAGCCUGGCUUAGGGGCGGUAACGUACUAUUAAAUGCCUACUGUUCGUUCUCGUUGCUUUUACUGCACGUCUUUUCAUCCAAAAGCUAAUUAUUUGCCCUGAAAAAGAGGUUUCCUGAAGCCUCAAAACACGCGUAUGCAGUAAUCUGCUAAUUUUGUGCGUAAAAACAUUUAUGAUUACCAUUUGCUUCUCCAUACAAAGGUAUUUAUUUAUUUCUUAUGCAAGUCUUUUGUUUAUUUCAAAUGAACCGAUACUCUGGAUCUCAUAAAAGUUUUUUUAAAAAAUAAUUUCAUUAAGGAUGUUAUGAUUCCCCCAUUCAAAUACGGCCCCCGUUGGCAGUGUUUUUCGUUUAGUGAUUUUAUAUAUUUUUUAUUUUUGUAACAACUAAGUAACCUGCUAUGUUGUUGAUGUGAAUUGUUUGUUGCUUGAAAGUAGUAAUUGUUGUCUUGGAGGUUAUUUAAUUUUGGUAAUUAGAGCUUUGCUUUCCAUUGGAAUAUGACCCCAUUGACCCCCUGUAUGACCCCUGAGUCGUGUUGGCCUGGAUAGUAAGGCGUUGAAACCAAAAAAUCCCAUGCUCAAUGCCAACGGGUCAAAGAUCCGCCAUGUUUGUUAAUGCUGACGAGGGCACGUUAAAUAUGUCAUGGUCACAAAGUCCACCUAGUGAAUCAAUGCCUCUGGGGGGUGCUGGAUCAGAGAUUGCUUGACUUCUGAUCUAGACCAAAAUUUAAAAAAAAAAAUCUGUCGUCAGGGUUCCAUCCAACCGGUGAAAUCACAAAUAGUUGUACACAAUAUGUAUGGGGGACCCUGGAGUGUGAUAUGAUUCCCCCCCCCCCAUUAUCUUCUCCAUUACUUGUGUCAGAAGGAAUGAUAUUGCACAGGGACCAAUAAUAUAGAUAAGAUUGAUUAACAGUUUAGUGCCUUUCAAUCUAUGUCAUAAUGCAAAGGUUAAGCUAGGAAGCAAAAAAAUUAAUGAAAUCACGUUGAAUUUAUCUUGUUGUACAUAAUAGGCAACAUAUCAAGUGUGGCAACUUGUCGAGAUGAUACCUUGGUAAUAACUAGUCAAAACAAUAAUUUAGUAAUAACUAGUCAAAACAAUAAGUUGGUGAUAACUAGUCCAGGUGACAAUUUGCAUUAUGCAUUAUUGCAGAAUUAUGAUGCAAAUGUGUGCAGUAUUUCACACUAACUUUAAGAAUGUUGUGACUGUACUUAUGGACGUGUGCAGAGCUUUGAAAUUGAAGUUACCACUGUUUCAGGAGGAUGUCUCGAGUAGGCCCAUCAAACCCUGUUGUUACUUAGUAUGAUAUCCAUUGAAUAUUUGUUCUUCAAUCCCCCCCCCCCCCCUUCGCUGGAAAUUCUUAAAAUGAUAAGCCCGUCCAAGAGGUUUAUAUACCACUUAAAAGCUACCCCAAAUUAAAGAAGCAUUUUGAAGGCAUUUGAAGUAGGGAUGCGCCAAUAAGCAAAUUGGCCGAUUACUGAUUAAUCGGCAGCAGUGAUGUUCCCAUCAAUUUUUUUAGGGUAUACUCCCAGUAAUCCAUUAUGCACAAUAUGUGUAUGUGAUCAUAUACAUAAUAUGUCAUAAUAUGAUCGUUUUUGAAGCUUGAAGGUAAAUGUUAUGUGUCUAAAAAAUGUAAUACUACCAGUUUCUUCAUCAUAUUUUUUCACUUAGAACUUCGACUUUAGCAAUAGUUUAGGUUUAUUUCUGAGAGACAUUUUUUUUUUCCACUUUCCUAAUUUUCCAAAAAUAUUUCAAAAUUUCAUCCAAUUUCUUUGACCCAAUUUUCAUAUAAUUGUUAAUCAAAUUAUAAUAUGUUAAGUAGACAUGAAAAUUUAAAAAUAUUAGGGGGUAGCCUGUGGCCAGCAGGCUAAUUUUGGAGCACUUUUAGUUUAAAUUUAUUCACUUAAUUAUCAGUAACCAUUUAAUCCAGGAGUUUUAUUCCUUAUAAAAAAUUACAAGGUUAUCUAAAAGCACUAUGCUAAAGGAGAAAAGUAUUGAAAAAAGGAAAAUGUAGCAACCUUGUAUAACUGUGUAUAUUUAUUCAAAAUAGAAUAAAUAAAUAAAAAUUAUAACAUUACUUCAACCACCAUAGUAAAAUAAUAAUAAUAAAGUAUUCAUAGUUUUUUUUAAAUCAAAACUUAACAAUUUAAAGAGUUAGUUGUAAAAUAUAUGAUGUAAUCAUAUGUAUAGUUAGGAAGAACAACAUUUUUAAAGAAAAAAAUGAUGUUGUGUCAUCAAAAGCUGGAGUGAAGGUAUCAUAACAUAAACUUAGGAAAUGAUCAUUUGAUAUUUUAUUCAGUUUUACACACUUUCUAUACUAUUUAUUUUGUUUUUACUCUACACUUAAAUACUACAUGUUAUAGUAAUGACAGUUAUUUUCAGUUAAUGACAGUUAACAAAUGUCUUCAUCAUAGUUUCUUGUUGAAGGUGUGCUUAAAAAAUUAUUUUGAAAACUAUUUUUUUCUGCCGAUUAAUCGGCAAAAUGUAGACGAUUAUAAAUGAUUGGCAAAGUGGCCGAUUAAUCGGCGCAUCCCUUAUUUAAAGUAUGUAUUUGGUCAAACCAAAACGCAAAAUUUUUACAGUUUCAAUAGGCCCCGUCACCUAUUAGAGGGGUCUGAAGAGAACACCCCUCUCCCUCGUUUUUAAAAUAAUUGUAGUAAACACAUAAGUAGGCGUAGUUUUAGCUGAUGACGUUCCAUAUGUCUCUCCCCCCCAAUUUUAAAUUAUUGAGUUGCUGAAUCAUGCUCCUUUAAAAAAAAUAAUAGGAGUUCCACAGUACUCUUGGUGACACCCAUGUACACAUCUGUGAGUGUACAGAAUUUUAUAAAUACUUAUUUCUUUGUUCAGUAGUUGUGUUGCGUUGUUAUUGGUUUUAAAUUGAAGCACUGUAAUUUUUUUUUAAUGUUUAAGAAAUGUUACAGCUCGAAGCUUUAAAAUGUAUUAACUAUUUUAAUAAAAUUAGUCAGCUUUGUUAUUUUCCAUA